CGGAGCUCCUCGAUCUCCCUCUAUCCGUCUUCGUACCCGCCGUCCGUCUACACAGGCAAACAAUGGACUGCAGGUAAAAGAAGAUGCCGUAAAUGAUGUACCGAAGAUCAUCGUCGCGGCGGAGGCGUCCGUCGCGGAGCGUCGCGAGCUCCACCGCCAGCUCGACGGGGACGACGUCGACAUCGAGCAUCCGAGAUCGACGCGCCUCGAUUGCCCCGGAAAAGUCGAUUCCGUUGACCCAAAGCUCACCAAAUGUCAGUAUGGAGCGACAGAGAUCGCCGCGCGGGGGCGGCGUGCCCAACAUCGAGCUCAACUCCGAGAACGACUCUCCGGAGGAGGCCGUCAUUCAGAGGAUGCUGCCGGACCCGGAGCAGUGCAUGUCAUCCCGAGUCAACCUGGUCCCGGAGGUGAUGGGUUGUAGUCCCCGAAAUUCCCUGGUUCCCGACGACUACUGCAGAAGUCCCAGAGGUUCUUUGGUCAUCGAUCCCGGAAGAAGUCCCAGGAACAGUCUGGUGCCGGAUCCUGGUCGAUCUCCGAGGAACAGUCUGGUGCCUGACUCCUGCAGGAGUCCCAGGCACUCGCUGGUGCCGGACUCGGCUCUGAGUCCCAGGAACUCCCUGGUCCCGGACGUCGGGUACAACCGCAGUCCCAGGAACAGCUUGGUCCCUCUCACCGGAUCCAGAAGCUCGCUGAUGCCCGAAAAUGGAGUCAGCAGGAGCCCCAGACACUCCUUGGUACCCGACACCUCCAGUCGCAGUCCACGUGGAAGCGUCGCCAACAUCGAGUUUGAUCGCAGUCCCAGAGGGUCCGUCUGUCCGGAUGUGUCCAGAAUCCAAAGGGGCAGCGUCACCCCGCUGGACAUCGACAGAAGUCCAAGAGGGUCGAUAGUCUCGGAGUGCUUGAAUCAAAGCCCCAGAGGCUCGAUCGUGCCGGACCCCAAUCGAUCACCGAGGGGAUCGAUCGUGCCCGAUCCGAAUCGAUCGCCGAGAGGCUCGAUCUGUCCGGAGGGCAAUCGAAGCCCUCGUGGGUCGAUCGUUCCUCACGAAAUCAAUCGAUCGCCUAGGGGGAGUAUAGGCCACCCGGAAAUGGAUCGAAGCUCGAGAGGCUCCAUCGGGGAAGAGCCUAAUAGGAGUCCUCGGGGUAGCAUUGGACUUGACAUAGACAGAAGUCCACGUGGCAGUUUGGGAGGCAGUCAAGACAGAAGGGGUCCUAGAGGGAAUCUCACUUUUCAGGAGACUAGAAGAGCCUCUGCGGAUCAAAGUAUGACCAGAAAUCGAAGCAGUUCACCAUAUCGGCAAAGAGAAUUGAAUUCCGCGAGCGUUCGAAUACCCGGAAGUUGCGGAGCUCAAGUCAACCUUGCCUGCGAAACGAAUGCGUGGGCAGAUUCUCGAAGAGCCAGCAGUUCCGUUUCCCAGUUUUCCGGAGAUGAAUCGCGCCGGCUGUGUGGCGUCAGUACUACCAUAACAGAGAAGAGCUCUUCCGGCGUUGGACCUCUUGGAGUCGCCACAUACGGCUCCUUGGUCUUUCAGCUGAAAGACGCUCACCUCGAGGCAAGUGGCAUUUGCGACUUCGUCUGCAGAGGCAUGAAGGUAGUCAGCAAAACGAUGGUCGUCACUGUUUUCAUGGCCUGCCUGUUCAUAGUUCCUCUGGUAAUGUUCAUCAUGGGGCUGAAAUUCUUGAAGGACUGUCCUCGGGAGCCUAACAUCCCGAUCUACAUGGUGGUGGGCGGGAUCCUGGGGAGUGUCCGCAUGGUCUGGGCUCUCUACUCGCAGAUCCGCUCGAGGAGGUCCGAAAUCUUGCGCGUCCCCGAGGCCAGGUCUCACGUGUCUCCCAUGAAGCUCGCAUCCGCCGCCCUGUCGUGCUUCCUCCUCGGCUGGUUCGCUGUCGGAAAUUAUUGGAUAUUGAAGAUCAAGUGGCCGGAAUAUACGGAGAAGUUGUUCGACCCGAAUCUAUGGUGCGACAAGACGCUUUACAUAUUCUCGCUGGUGCACCUUUGCAUCGUUUACGCCGUCAUAGCUGCAAGUUUAUUGACUGCGAUAGGCCUCGCGCUUUGCAGGCUGCUGGCAUGUCCAUGGCCAGAAAGAUACAAAUAACCACAGCGGUCGGUGCGCCUGAGAGAGGUUCGCGAGAAGAGUGUAUCGACAGCCGGGAGACACAAAAAGAGUUCUUUCGACGGCAAGACCCUGGAAGAGAUCGACGAGCGAGAAGAGAGCAUCGGAACCGAGAACGACGUCGUUCAGGAAGAGAAGUACUGCAAUCAGGUGUUGUAUCGAGCUCCAAAUAUUAUCGAGCUGUAACACGGAGAACUGGACGAGUCGAGAGCCAGGAAGGACCUCGCUAAGCUGAGGGAUGACCAGUCCCAAAGGAUAUGAGGCCAUGUAUCAAACACUAGGGUAAAUGGGCAGCUGUAGAUUAAGCCAUGUUUUCCGUCUGGUUGUUAUACUCGAUCGACUACUCAGGAGCAGGGGCACCAACGGUUUAACGAUUAAUCCAAACGAGUUCCUUCGACGAAAAGACCUCAAAGCGCGAGAAGAUUCCGACUUCAUGGGAAAAGUGUUGCUGGACGUCGAGGGAUUCCGGAUGUGGAGGAAGGAUCACCGAAGGAACGUUUGGUUUGAGAAAAGCAGAAGGUUUUGCUUUUGCAGAAGUAGAGUACGCGAAGUACGUCAGAGAUAACUUCCGUGCUUCAGAUUGGGGAUUAAACUACCCGGGAAAGCGUGGCGGAAAAUUUCAGAAUUAAUUCAAGUUAUCCGGAUACGAUCGUCGAACGUGAGAAGGAAUAAGUGGAGAGAAAAAGUGGAAUUAAACGUUGAGAAAGAUGUACGUUGUACGUGUUAGGCUGGAACUUGGGGAGAGGGUACGUCAUCAAGAGUUACUCAAAACUUUCCAACACGGCAGAACUUUCGGCUGAAGAAAUUAAUUAGUGGAAGGAGAACAAUCAGGUUAAUGUUGCAAUUGAAGGCGAUUUCAUGCUCCAGAUGUUAUCGAUGCUCGAGCUGAAAGGAAUGGAGCAGAAAAAAAUUUAACGGAGGAGUUCGUUAAGGGAAAAUUAUCUGAAUUCGGGUGAAUCGAUGGGAACGAUUUUUACAGGAUUUAAUGAUGGUGAUAAACUUGGUUAAAUCAUUUCAAAUUAUUGUGGCGAAUGGAAGGACUUCCCUCUGUUCGUAGUACUCAAUAAGACUGCUUGUAAAAGAGUACCAUCGAUAUGUCCUUUCAAAUUCCUAUGGGCAACUCCUUUCGGCAAUUGAGAAUAUCAAGAACUGGAGAAGGAGAUAUCAAAUUGACAUUAUGAAAGAUGAAAUUUUGAGCUCCGGAUAUUGUCAAAUCGUAGUAAAUGAGGGAUGAAAAAUCAAAUAAUGGAAAUGCAGUUCCUAACUGCAGGCAUUUUUGUUAUUGAAUACAAACUAUAUUAGUUACGAUGAGAAAGGAGAAGGUAAUGAGGAAGGUCGCGAAUUUCGUCACUUUAUGCUAACGUGAGAAAAUAAUUAUCUGAAUUACCGAAAUAUUAUCCAGCUACUUUUAUCAAUCGAUUGGUUUAUUUAAAGAGUGUACGAUAACUUCACCGACGACGUGGACUUGGAUAAAAGAAAAAACUGAUAAAACGGAUGAGGGGAUUCGAAAAUAGUGUCAUCCUGGCUGAUAAUUAUGUCACCUUGAGGGGAACACGAAAAGCGUCUUAUAUUAUAAUAAAAUAAAAAAAAAAAUGAGGAAUACCACUUUAAAGAACUGGGUUAAAGAAUUUCUCGCGUAUUCUUGGUCCGAGAAAACGGUGCACCGAUAAUCAGGAGUUAUCAGAAGUUCUUCCAAUGACAAGACUUCGGAUGAUCGCAAAGUUCAACAAGCGGAAAGAAAGAAACGACGUAGACAUUGCAGUAAAUUCGAUUUCAAGUGCUAGGUAUUGUCAAGCUGCGAUGAAUAGCGAUGAAAGAAGCGAAUAAUAUCAAAGAAAACCCGACAUAAUCAGCGGGGUUUACGUUGAAAACGUGAGAAAAGGAAUUGAUAAUUAUCGGUCCUACGGUACUCGCACUUUUAUUAUGUUUUUAUACAGUCCACGGUGUCUUCGUUGCGCAAUAUUUCGAACCACUAAUUUGGUCGAUAAAACUGACAAUUUUAUCAGAUAACUAUCUAAAAUGUAGAGGCGCCGGAAAUGGAUUUUCUUUUCCUUUUUAUAUUUUCCUGAUCGACGGGUCCAAUCAACGAUGGGUUUCCCAUUAAAAAAAUGUGUCUAACCGACACGACAGGAGUAAAUAUUAGAAGAGGAAAGAAAGAGAGGAGUUAAUGAAAUUUCAAGCCAUUACGGAGCGAUGCCAAUAAAUAAAUUGGGAUAAACGGAAUAGCGGAUUAAUAAUUAAUUCAGCGAUUUUUAUUUCGCGAAAUAGCGCGAAUGGAUAAAUAGGUAAGCAGCAAGAAAUGAGGUAGAAGUUCGGGAAUAACGUACCGGGAAGAGCAUCGAGUUCGCGAGGAUCAUGAAGCACCGUAGCCAACUUCCAAACUACAGCCAUUAUCCCGGUUCUAUUGGCGAAUACAACUUCCCCGCCUGUUUGCAUUACUCGAGGAGACUGCCGUGCAUUUCGUGAGGAAUCCAGGCCGUAUGCAGAUAUUUAGAGAUCAAGCAGGAGAAAUAGGACAAAAUGCUGCAAUAAACGUGCCGAUUCGCCCCCGAAACGAACGAAAUUAACCGAAAGAAGUUCUGAGAAAGUAAAUUUACCUUGCAGCGAUGCCUGCGCAAAUUUGAAAUGCAAACAAGAGAGUCAGAAAUUCCUCGAACGGACGUCCAUACUCUAUUUUUAUUCCCUCCAUUCGGACACAGGAGUCCGUCAAUUUGUCCCAACAGAAAUCGAAAUAAGAAGAUUACUCCGAAAUUCAACUAAAACGAGUAUCGUCUUUCGAGCUCUUCUCGACCAGGUUAAGUGAAACAUGCUCGGCAAAGUUGAAUACAAAGUUGACUGCAAUUUUUACGUAUGACCGAACCAAGACCGAAGCAAGAAUGAAACCUAGGAAUUACUUGAAAAUUCAUGUCGAACACGUCACUUUCUUCGGUUUCAUUCCUCCCAGACUAAGAAAAGCAUCACGAAGUUGAAGACAAAUUGGCUUGGAAUUUCUGCGCAGUACAAAUGAGAUGAAAGAACAGAGGUGUUAUUAGAAAUUAAACAAAGUUCUCUAUUAUCUUUGUUCGUCCCUUUGGUCGACCUGAUCCAUUAGUUUGCCCUAACAAAAGACAGAAAACAGGAUUACUUGAAGAUUCCUUUCAAACGAGGCACUUUCUUCGAGUUCCUUCCGGCCAUAUCAAGCGAAGUAUCGCGAGCGAAGUUGAGAGGAAAUUCCAUUGUAAUUACUGCGCAUCACUAGUCGGUAUACAAAAUUCCAUUAAAACGGAGGAUACGAUACACGAAGUUAACUUUAGCAAGCCCACUACGAGCAAGAAAUUCCGCUGCAGAGAGGUGCAACUUGAGGAGGCCAUUGAGGGUGGAAAUUUGGAGGAAUUUUCAAGAGAACCGACUACCAGCAGUCGUUUAUCGAGGAAGGAAAGAGGAUUCUCCCUUAUCGGUCUACCGAUUUGUAGCUAUCGACACGGCGGUAAGUACACUGUACUCAAGUACUCGGUACUUCCGCGGAAUAAGGGCACUUCGGUACACAUUGCUUAACACAUAGGUUCCUCGUAUGAGCUGCACAGGUCCAGCUCGAAAUUUUAAGCCUAACGCGAAUCGCCCGAAGCUACAAGCUUUGGCUUGAAGUUAUCACUCGAUUCAUUGCUAACAUAAGUUAAGAUUGAAUAAAAGGUACCCCUUUAUUGCUAAGAUUGAGCAUGAUCGAAGGUCGUACCGAUUCCACGAUCGAGGAUACAAUCGACGGCUCUCUAGGACAUGGAUGGCAAGUUUCAGCCAUCUGUGCGGAGCGUCGCAGUUAUUUAUUUAUUUGUUAAAAAUAUUCUUCCAUAUACUGCGAUUGCGCACCAGGUACAUGUAAACUAACGACGUCGGCGUUUAUAUGCGAAGUGGGAUUUUUCGUCGAGUGUAUGGAAUUAUGCUCGGAUUUAUGCGAGCGUCGUUCAUAUGCCUCGAGAGCCUGUCGAGCUGCUUUUAACAGGCUUUUAACCGAUCAUUUUUCACUGAAAUCAAAAUUUCAUACGGCCAAGUCUUGGCAUUUGGAAUCGUGGUUAAUGUGGCGUUUCGUGGAAGAUUUUAGUCCGAGAAAUAGUAUUCCGACGUAGAGGGGCACUCGCUUUGCUGAUUUGUCUUGACGUCCUUUGCGAAUUGAAAUAUGAACUUGGAAGCGUCGAUGGAAAUACUCGGGCAUAUUAAAAUUACUCUGGUAACGCUUCGAUAGGAAUGAUAUAUUUUUAUUAGAAGUUGUACUUAUUUCAUUGAUGGAACUAGACUUAUUUGUUGACGUUAUAAAUGAUUGGGAGAUGGUGGGUAUCUACGUAUAUUGCCAGGAAUAGCUAUUUUGCUAGAAGAAAUAAAUUAAUUUUCUCACUGUCAAUGAGGGGAUGAUACGCAGUGAUACUAGCGGUCUGUUAAUUUAUUACAGAUCUUAAAUUUCUAUGUUUUAUUACUGAAUUAAUAUUAUACAAUACGAGUUAAGAUUAAUAAUUUACUUUCAAAUAGAGUAUGGAGAUUGAAAACCGUGCAUAUCUGAGUUGUUUGUUAGAGAUUAUGACAGGAAACCACGGUGAACAUUAAAAAUAAUUGAAAUAUUUUAUCACCUCUCAUUAAAUAGCUACUCUUUGUCGAACCAAGCGCUAUGAAAGGUACAUGGAGAAUGAAAUGUUUAACAUGAAACUUGCUUGCUUAAGUGUUUGCAUUUUGGGAUUUAAUCAAUCUCGGAAAUCGAAUCGUUUGCCCUGUUUCCAUCAAAGAAUACGGACAAGCUGAUUGUCACUCUUUCUCAUGCUUUCUCCGAUCAGUGAUCGAAAUUCGAUAAAAAAAGAUGUAGAAAAAAAAAAAUCGUUCUACCCUCGACGUUGUCCAAUGUAAAUAUCUUCUUUCCUCGCUUCGCCUUUCUAGUCAAACAAAAGCUUCGUUUAAAUACUUUAUUAAUUCAUUCUAAUGGGAGUGGAUGCCUGACAAAGUAAGCUCCGCUUUUAACGACUUAAUGAAUAUCAACUCGGUUAAUAAAAAGAAAAAGGAAACCGUCACUUCGUAUCGCGUUUUCCGUAAAUAUCGUCACAUUUGGUUGGGUCCCCACUCGUACUUGUCCACCGGUGUGGAUUAAAUACCCGCGAGUUUAUUCUCUACGCUUUUAACUAUCUUUGGAUACGAUUUUUCAUCGCGAAGGUAUUUUUACAGAUUUCCUGCCAAUUACACCCAAUACACCCUACCUACACCCAUAUUCCACGUAUAAACCAUUAAUUAUGUCGGACCAUUUGCCCGGUCUUUGCCGUUUUAAUCGCGCUUGUUAUCGCUCAAAUAUUUUACCGAUACCAUUGGAAAUUACCGUUCGAGCGUGUACAUAGACUGGCAGCCUUGUUUACCAGCUUAUCAUCAAUCGGCAAUUAUUUGCCGACGAGGGAAUCGCACAUGCGCGGAAUAUCAAUAGCGACACUCAUUGAUACCGAUAUUUGCGGAUGGCACGAUACGGAAGAGCAGUGCGCGAGAUAAAGGGCCGAUGCAUCUGCAACUGCAACUGCAGAAGUGUACCGUAGGUACCGUUUCUCCAUAGGUAAUCGUUUAGCACAUUUGUCGAAGUAAACGAGUCAAUUAAUCGUGUACACCGCAAGUUUAAUGUCGAGAUAAAAAAAUAUAUAUAUACACAUAUAUGUAUAUACGUAUACACAUAUACAUAAAUAUGCAGAAGACCUAUAUGAAUAUACGUGUAAAUAAUACAACUUUCCAGUAGGGACCUGACCAAACCGUCUACAUGGUGUUUAGGAGUACAAGUAAUAGAGGCAUUCAUUUACCUUACGGCUUACCUGAGGAAUCUUUUGAGUCCGAGUUGUAUGUUUCGGUUUUACUUUGCAUCCGCGUCCGCGCAAUGGUUCGAAAACGGGUCCAUACUAAUCGUCUGUAACGAUACUCUUAACCACGUGUACGUAUCGUAAGGAGGUUUAAACGUUGUUCGGGUACGUACGAAGUAAGUGUAUGUCGUGUCGUACUCAGCUGUACAUUAUACGUGUACGUAGAAGACGUCCUCGAUUUUUCCCACCCGAUGAUACUUCGUCCCCUGCUCGCACUUAACGAGUUCAACUUCCCCAACUUGACUAAUUACCCUUCGGUGGCAAUGAAGAGUGCGUCACUUUUUACUCGGCCUUUCUUUUUAAUAUACAUAUACAUAGGUACGUACAUUGAGGCCAUGAGAUAGAAGGGUGUCUACCACGUUUACCUUUUACGAUUGCGAAAAAUCGUGGAAAUAAUUGCUGCGGUAAUAGUAAGUAAUAUCGAUGGAAUAAUUAUUUCACAUACGGUGUAUCUGUUCCGAAUCAUUAUACGGUAAUUCUUCGUCGCGAUGUGGGGCUCUUGAUGUUUAUUAUGCAUUGUCUGUUAUUUCCUAUUUUAUUUCAUGUGCAGGGUAGUGGUGCAAUUGUGGGCACCGAAUUAUUCCAGCGCGGACAUCGCGAGACAAUCGGUCUUAUACUUUUUCGCUGUCGCUCUCCGUACUUUCCGGUAAUUAUUACGUCGUAAGUAUUCGCGACCCUCUGUACAGUCUGUAAAUGUUCCUUCGAUCGUUUAAGUUCCUCUUUGCACUUGUCGGACAAUUUAACGAGAAUCCGUAUAGUCAUGGCCAUAGAGUCGUAGCUUUAAAGUCAGCUAAAUGCGAAGCUUGAGGAAUACCCGUGAGCGUUUUGUGGCGUAUCGAACUUACUGUAAUUGCCGAUGGGACAAACAUCGAUUUUCGAUUGGCCGAAUUAGGGAGGUCGUUCGAUAGAUUCGUGUCCUGGAUAAAAUAAAUGGGGCAAGUCUUUCCAGAAGUGUACGGUUGCCGAGGAAUUUUACAAAUGAAAAGGAAAUAAAUGUUUCUUCAACGUUGUCGCUAUUGAAUUAUUACAAUUUAACGGCGGUUGAGUUUCUAUAACAUUUCCAGCGCCUUUCGAGUAUCCUGUACUAUUUUGGGUUACAUGGGAAAGCAUUUCUUCUUUGAAAGAUAAUUAUUUGUCAAUAUUGGCAAUUUUUUAUAUUGAUUACAAGCAAUGAUAAGAAUAUCGCUCAUUUAACUGAAGAGAGAUUGCCGCCAGAAUGCCACCGAUGGUUUUACGGAGCAACAUUAUAGUACUGCCAGUAUUAUAGAAAGCAAUUAUCAGAAAGUAUGGAAGUUUCGAUAAAAAUAUUGAUACGAGUAAUUUUUAGAGUAUAUUUUAGAAAUAAUUUCGAUUCGAUGAUAUCGAACGUAAUACUUGGCCGAUCGAAAAUCUCAUUGUCCCGUUGCGCCUUGACGAAUAUCUCUUUCUAUCACAUAAGCACAACGAAAAAUGAAAAAAAAAACAUACACAUAUAUAUGAAAAAAUUAUAUGGAAGUUGUAGGUACAACGAUGAUCGUACAAUUGUCGCUCAUACGAUGCGAAUGUUAAGAUGUGUGCUCAGUUGCUAUUCAUAGAUUAUGCCGCGUGUUAAUAUUAUACGAUUAGUCGGCCAAUCGAAGGAGCACGCUAUCGAAUAAGCGAUCGAACGUACAAUACCUUCGAUUAGUAAACGUAAUUAUGCAAAAGAGGACGCAUAUACAGGUGCCACAUCGCAUGAAAUAAUUUUCCACUUAAGUCAACUAUUUUUCAAAUAAAAUGUUUAUUAUUUUUUCUAGAAAAAGGGAUGAUUGAAAGAGUCGCCAUGUUAAAGUAGUAAUUGUUCAACAACGUUCCGAGUUUCUAUUCAAAUUUCUAUUUCCGAUUGGUUAGAGAUUCUUGCAUUUUCCUGGCGAAAUUGGGAAUUUCCAGAUGAAAAGACGAAAUGUCGAGAUUCUAUGCAGGUCCACGUUCCACGUAUCUGAUCGUAGAAAUGGGAUAUGACCGAGACUUUUGUUGUUUCCGCACAUUUUACGACUUUCGUGAGAGACCCCUACUCCUGCUGCAUGAUAACGCAAGGACGAACGUUGAACCGAUAUUGAAUAUAUAUUAAAAGAAAUAUGCAGAUAAAUGGUAGUAGCAGGUUGGAGGUACUACAAAUGACAAAAUGUAACGAGAAUAUUAGAAAUUGUACAUUACUAGUUAAUUUUCAACCUCCGUUGCGAAAUUCCGGUGGAUAUUAUUUGAAAGCGCGCUUUUCGUAACAAGUGGAGGAACAGAAUUCAACAAUGUCGCGUAUUUCUCGAAAUAUUCCAAUUUGAAUAUCGAACAUUGUCAUUUCUACGGUUAUAUUUGCGCCAUCCAAAAGCGGCCUCAUUUAUCGAUGGCGAUUGUUACCGAGCAACUGCACGAGAGAACUGUUUCAUUUUUAAAAAACAACUGUGGUUCCAAAAAAAAAAAUUGAAGAACUCCGAGCACUCGCCAAGAGCUGCAGGCAAUUUAAUUCGGUCCCGUGGUCCAACAAAACGCGAUACAUGUAAAAUGAAAUAUUUCAUUCUGUACCUCGACGACGAAAUGUUCUCUGAGUUGCUGAUCUGAAAACAGGACCUUUUUGAAAAAUUUCAUCGAGCUUCUACAAAGAGAUUUUUUACUCUCUGUGGUGUAAUGCUGACAUACAUGGUGCAAAGAUUUUAAGACUCAUACCUUGUAUGGUUAACAGUAGAACUAUUGGCGAAUUUUUUGUUGUAUAGGAUGGGCCAUUUGAAACCAGUCAUUUUGACUGGUGUGUAUCAUUAUGUGUUUCCAUGCUGUGUAUAAUUUUGUCUUGUACUUGUCAGAAAGAUGUGUGUAUUCACCUUGUCAAUAGGUAUGAGCCACCUUAAUGUCAUUUGAUAUUUUUGAUUAAUAGAAGGGACCUAAGACGUUAAUCCCCCAAUCGGGUAUCCGCAAGUAUGUCCGCCGAUCCAUCAUUUGAUAACCAUUGAAGUGUCCCAUCGCGGGUAACUUCACAUCGGAAAAGGAGAUAUCCGAGCAGAAGUGCGAUGUCCAACCGAGAUGCCGAAGCGGAACAUUUCUGAGGAAAGAUAAAUCGAACCGGCGCGUCCAAAUCGGAUCUUAGGCGGCCAUCGAUCAUCGGGUUCACUUUCUCGCGAUGUCUCGGUAAACUCCCGAAUCCCGAGGAAAAAGCCAGGGGAAAAAGAGCACAUCCGCCAUUACGCCUCGACAUUGAAACGGGGUAUCUCACGAAUCCGCGAAAGUGUCAGGAUACGAGACCAAAGUAGAAAUUAAUGUUCCCCCGAAACGUCAGUCGUGGAAGCAGACGUGUUGAAUUUUCCAAAGACUCGUGCGAAGGUUGCUCCACUUCCCUGCGAUAAGACUAAAAUCCAAUUUCGGGAUGAAAUAAAAAGAACUAUCUGCCGCGAUAUUUACGUUAAACUAAAAAGAAACAGGAAAAGAUAAGGAUGCACCGCAAUGCUACAAUCCCAUAUUAAUUCGUCAUCAAAGAGGUCACUGGAACGUGUGUUUAUAUGUUCAAAGGAAAAAGUUAUUACGAGAAUGUCUGCAAAGAAACUGAUAAUAAUCGGACCCAGAGAUAAAAUGCGCAUCUGCUCCUUCGAUCGCGCCAAUCGAGCGGUUAAGCGAAUGUUGAGAGUGAAUUAUUACAUUAUUAAAUUUCUAACAUAUCGUUGGAUUCCGUAGGCUAGAGAAUUUAUUUAUUUUUAUACAGAUUGUUUGACCGGCAUCGGACAUACGUGUACAUACUGUUUACGUAUAUUAUCGGCCUCGCGUUAACAUUCAGGACGAUUUCGUUUCCUUUAAGGAUGUGUCGUAUGGACGUCAUAUGAGUUGCCCGUAAUUCUGUGCUCUAGUACGUUAGUUAUGUCGAGAGAUAAUAAGGAUUUCGGGGUAAGUGAGUGUUUAGCCCUAGAGUGUCUUGUAUCGGAGGUAAAGGAGAAAUUACGAGAACGUGUGUACUUGCGUGGGUGAGAGGACGAGUGAAUGCAAUGUAGAUCUUAGAAUUUUGCACGCGCCAGUCGCGGAUUGUGGUCCAGGCUUUAAAGUAGAAUUCGCCCUCGAGCGAGAUCGAGAUCGUCGAUUGUUCGCAAAAGUCUUGCCCUCUUUCGCAAAAUCACGGCUGGAUCAUCGACAUACUCCCGUGGCCCGAUCUCAAAUUUUAAUGACUGUUACAUUUUUUCAAAAUAAUUUCAGAAAAAUGAAACUACUGUAUAAUCUGAAUUAUCGGACAAGAUAAUAUGCAUUAAAAAGGAAUUAUAACAAUCUAAUUUCAUUAUAUCUUGAUUGUACUAUUCGGAGGCAAGAUAAUAAUUUUUCUGCUUUUGGUUGAUUUCUUAAAGUGAUGAUAACGUGGCGGCUGCAGGUCUCGUUUAUGAAACUUUUCUCCAAGGUAGGUGUACCGGAUCGUUUUAAAUUUCAUCAGGUGAAUAUG